GAAAGUGCUUUGUCAACUUGAAAGUAGUACUAUUAUGUUUUCGGCUUAAUAAUUGCAUUUUGACACUUCGUGAUGUUCUCUUGCUUGAGACUCUGAGUUAUAACGUUCAGUUCAGUCUAGUUCAGUCGUUUAACUAUGUUCGAUUCCAUUUGACAGUCGAGAUCGAGGUUGAACGAUAAAAGUGUGAGCUUAAAAGCCAGAUGGUGCUUGACUUUAUAGUCUUCAUACGCGAAUCAACGCAAACAAGGAGUAGGCCUUGAACGCUUUGAACAUUCGUCCACGUAACAAUAGUAACAGAAUCUAAUUGUAAGUAACUCGAAGAAGAUCAUUGAUAUGGCUGGCAGGCAAUCUUACAGCAUCGUGGAAUAUUACGCGGAACACGAGGGGUAUCGAUGCGGCUACUGCAAAAAAUCCAAUACGAACUUCAGUCACGGUAUGUGGGCGCAUUCAUUAACAGUGCAUGAUUACCAAAGUUUGAUAGAUAGAGGAUGGAGGCGGAGCGGCUGCUAUUGUUAUAAACCCAUGAUGAACCAGACCUGUUGUCCACAAUAUACCAUUAAAUGCGAGGCUCUAGACUUUAAAAUAUCAAAGUCUCAGAAAAAGAUUUUAAAACGGAUGACCAAAUUUUUGAAGAAUGAAUUAACGAAGGAUAAUGUUCGAGGUACAGACGAAGAUCAACAAGAUAAUAUAGAUAUAAGCAACGAAGAAGCAUUAAAUUAUUCUAAGCAUCUGAAGAGAGCGCAGAAAGACGAAUCUCAAAUCAAUAUUUUGUCUGUUGAUGAUAAAGUCGAUGAAAGACUGUCUGUCAAUCUAGUGAAAACAGAAACUCAAAAGAAUCCUACUUCUGUAUCGAAUAGCAGUCAAGCACAGCUAACAACUGCUAAUAGCAAAAAUAGCCUGCACGUUAGAAAUGAAAUUGUCAAUGUAGUACCUUGCAAAAAGGCAAAGCUCUUACGCAUAGAACGUAAGAAAAAUAAAUUGCUGGCUCAAGGUAAAUCGCAGAGCGAAAUUGAGAGUAUCAUGAGAGACAAGAAGCAACAGAAUUGUAUUAGGACUGUGGAGGAAUUAUUCGAAGAAGUGUACACUGGAUUGAAGAAGUUAGAGUUGAGACUGGUUCGAACUGCACCAAUGAGCUCUGAAUAUCGAAAGACUUCUAAAGAAUCUUACGAGCUUUAUAAAAAAUAUCAGAACACAAUACACGGAGUACCGCCUGAGAAGCUCACAGAGCAACAUUACAUGAGAUUUCUCGUGAAGUCGCCUCUACAGAUGAAAUUGGUGAGAGUAAUGUCGGACGAGUUCCUGAACACUCUUGAAACGAGCGCGAAUCUUUAUAAAAAGUAUCAAAUGACGAUUCAUGGCGAUACACCAGAACAAUGCGAUCAAAAGGCUUUCUACAACUUCCUUGUGAAGAGUCCCUUGCAGCAAUGGAUACCCGAUAAUGGACCAUCUCAUGGAUACGGCUCUUUUCACGAGCAAUAUUGGUUGGAUAACGAAUUGGUAGCAGUAGGAGUAAUAGACAUUCUGCCGUCGUGCAUUUCGAGCGUAUACUUUUUUUAUGAUCCAACAUAUAGUCAACUAUCUCUCGGAACUUUCAGUUCGCUUCGAGAGAUUUAUCUAACGAGACAGCUCAACAAGGUCGCAAGCAAUCUGGAAUACUAUUACAUGGGCUAUUAUAUUCAUUCGUGUCAGAAGAUGCGAUAUAAAGCCAGAAUGCAGCCAUCGAAACUUCUAUGCCCGGAGACAUAUGUGUGGUGCAACAUUGAACCCUGUCUAGCCAAACUAAACAACGAAAAAUAUUGUCGUUUGAAUGAUGAAAUUAAUGCCAUUGACGAAAAUGGUGUAGUCGAUAUUAAUGAGGUAUUGAUAUUAUACAAGAAUAUUGCGAUGCCAUAUGAGAAAUAUAAAACAUUGCGGAAAACGUGCCACACAACGCAAGAAGAAAGACGUGAAGUGGAGGAAUAUGCCAAAUUCAUUGGGAUGCCAUGUGCGCGAAGAAUGCUGUUGUAUCGCUAUUCUAGAGAGUGAUUAUUUAAAACCGACGAACGGUAUUAUAUUGUGGAAGAACUUGGAUGGCUACUUCAGAAAUCAAUUGCUGGCUGAUAUUUAUGUACAUACAAAGAAAUAAUCGAAUUUGUUAUUCUUAGAAGAUUAUUGAUUGUGUUGUGGCGUAAAACAAUCUGUGAUGCAAGCAAGCUUAAAUACUAUAAUCAGAUAAUGUAAAAAGCGCGGAAUAAAUUAUGUGCAUUACUCUUCACCGUCCAUAAACAACUUUGUUGA